UGGCUGCGCCCUAAGCAGUGAUAGUGACAGUGCUGUUCUACUUCAAUCAACAUUACUUCAAUACUUCUAACUAGGAGUAGGAUUGUACCCUUGUGGUUUAAAAAAAACAAUAUACCAGGUGGUUUCACACGCUUCUGCCAGCUUAGUCAGGCGAGUUUUCCCUCACAUAAUUGUAAUAUGGCGGCUGCUCAUGCUACUACCACAAGCUAUAAGUGCCGGCGAUGUCGGCAGAUGCUGUGCCUUUCAAGCUGCAUUGUUGAUUCUCAUGGGGAGCUGGCUAAGGAGGUCAGCUCUUGUGCACUCGACACAAGCAACCCUGAUCCACUGGCAGGAUUACUCUUCUUGGAUUCUGAUAAGCUGCCUGAGUGGCUGACAGCGCAGAUAGACGAGGGAGAAUGGUCCAAGGGACGAAUACAUUGUCCCAAGUGCCGAGCUAGGAUUGGCCUCUUUGAUUUCAUCACUGGAAGCAAAUGUGGGUGUCUGCAGUAUGUUCUCCCAGGAAUUCAGAUUAACAAGAGUAAGGUCGACCACCAUGUUCCACGCCCAUUGCAGAGCUCAGUGGUGACACCCACCCGAUCCUACACAUGUACCGAAGCUAAGGAGUCUGGUGCUGAUGUUGGUGUUGGCAUGCUAACGAAUCUUGUCAGCCAACCUGAAUGUGUUUCGAUUGAAAAUACAGCCAGUCAUGUUGCUGGUCUGGAGACUGAACCAGUACUACACUCAAGUGUUGCUGCAAGUGAAAGUGCAGGUUCACUUUCUCAAAGGAACCUCUCUAGUGUCACGUGUUAUCAGACAUCUCCUCAUGCAGACACAGAAAGCAUCUCUCCUAGAGUCACCAUGGAUGAAAACACUAUCUUGAUGCAGUUGUAAGAACACGUUAUCCGCGUGAGCAGCUACAACAAGAUGUGUCGCGUAAGAACCUCAGGCUGUGUCCACUGCCAGCAACGACACGGCUGCACGCUGCCAGUCAGCAGCAGCCACGUGAUAGUGCCGCCGGCGUGAGGUGGGUCGCGAGUCGUCUGCCAUAUUCUGGCGUUCGUACGGCAUUCUGCUGCAUAGUCGUAUUAUGUUCUGUUACGGUCAAUCUCAUAGGUGCUCGUUUUUACGAUUACAAGUAUAGAGAUAAACUCACACAGGCGCACAUCUCUAACCUCUGUGUCUUGGCAUUGUUAGGGGGAGCAAUCUUUUGCUUCUUUGUGUUGCGUGUUGCGCGCUCGGGCCAUUAAAAAAGAAGAUACGUAAAAAUGUUAUGUAGGUUUGUUUUUUUAUAUUGUUACUUACUUUAUGUUUUCACCCUUAGUAGAGCAUAGGACAUCCACGAAACCUUGCCACAUUUUAUGAUCUUAGAGAAGAACUGGUCUUGUGCCAGUCAGUGCGUACCCAUAUGGUGUAAUUCUUGCUCGAUGUACCUUCUCCAAUUUAAUUUUGGGUGCCCCUGUAUUCUCUUUCCCUGGGGCCCAGAGGGGGUUCCAGAAAAGUGUUUUCCUUGUCAAACAUUCUGGCAGUUUCUUCAGUGUUCGCAUCAUCCACUGCCACUUUUGUCUGAGCACCUGGGCUCCCAUAGGUUCCAGCUUAGCUAUCUUCGAGAGGCCAUUGUUACGAAUACCUUAGACCAUCGGAUCCCUAGGAUUGAUUUGAAGCAUUUUAUUCCUAAAAAAUGCCUGAAUCAUAUUGAUAACUUUCUUGGUGAACUGCCAGGUUUCUUUGCACUAAGGCACUAACUUGAUAUUAAGGCUCAGUUCUUAGAUCCCAACACAGAUUUUAGGUAAAAAGCAGUUCUUGCCUCUCCAAUUCUGGACCGCACAUCCUGUCUUGAUCUGCCAUCGGUACAAAUCACACUACAUAGAUAGGGAAAUAAAGCCCCAUCUUCACGAGCCUCAUUGUCCAAGGUAAUGACUUCACCUACUCAAUUAAAUCUUCUUUUGAGUAUCUACUGAAAUCCAUUUUUUGUAUUGGUGUUUUCUGGGACCAAGUAUCUCCUGGCUGUCUCAAUCCAUACCUGUUUUCAAUUCGUUCAUGUGCCGUCUACAUUUGGCUGAUAAUGUAGUACCUCACCUACUUGGAAUGACAGUGAGGUCACGUUUCGUCUGAUCUCUAUCCUUCAAUCUAUUUGGCAUGGUUGGUACGUCGACAGAGCUCUAUUGGUCAUAGAGACACUCACACCGCCCCCAUCAUCA